CAGACUCUCACCGAGCCGCCUCCCUCUCUCUGCAGACAAACACAGACCCACACGGCACCGGGACCGGACCGGACCGGGACUACGCAGACCCACCAUGACAGAAUCCACCAAAACCCACGUGAUCCUUCUGUCCUGCGGCAGCUUCAACCCCAUCACCAAAGGACACAUCCAUAUGUUCGAAAAAGCCAGAGAAUAUCUGCACAAAACAGGACGAUUCAUUGUGAUUGGAGGAAUCAUCUCCCCUGUCCACGACUCGUAUGGAAAACCUGGUCUGGUGUCCAGCAGACAUCGCCUCACCAUGUGCCAGCUCGCCGUCCAGUCCUCAGACUGGAUCAGGGUGGACCCUUGGGAGUGUUACCAGGACACCUGGCAGACCACCUGCAGCGUCCUGGAACAUCACCGGGACCUGAUGAAGAGAGUAACCGGCUGCAUCCUGUCCAACGUAAACACGCCGUCCACCACUCCUGUGAUUGGACAACCACAGAACCAGAAUCCGCCCAUCUACCAGAACCACAGCAACAUGAACCACAAGCCCACGGCCGUUAAACUGUGGGGGAAGAUCAGUGAGAGUUUGGGGAAGAUCUGCUGUGUCCGUCCUCACAUUGAACGCUUCACCUUCGUCGAUGAAAACGCCAACCUGGGCACUGCCAUGCGAUACGAGGAGAUCGAGUUGCGCAUCUUGCUCCUGUGUGGCAGUGACCUCCUGGAGUCCUUCUGCAUCCCUGGCCUGUGGAAGGACAGUGAUAUGGAGGUGAUUGUGGGGGAUUUUGGCAUUGUGGUGGUUCCUCGUGAUGGAGCAGAUACUGAGAGGAUCAUGAAUCAUUCCUCCAUUCUCCGCAAGUACAAGGACAACAUCAUCGUGGUGAAAGAGGAGAUGAACCAUCCCAUGUCCAUCGUCAGCUCCACCAAGAGCAGACUGGCCCUGCAGCACGGUGACGGUCAUGUGGUGGACUACCUGAGUCAGCCGGUCAUUGACUACAUCCUGCAGAGUCAGCUGUACAUCAAUGCCUCGGGAUAGAAGGGACUGCCUGGACCAGCACAAGUACUGGGAAAAACACCUGGGAAGGGGGAAGGGGGAAGGGGGGGUUCUACCUACAAACCCCAUCAUCAUAUCCCCCCCCCCCACCUCCACCUCCACCUAAACUAACCCGUCUGUCUUCUGUGUCAAACCUAUUCUCUUCUGUGAGCGUUCCAACAGGAGUCACUCCUUCUGUCUGUGUCAUGUGACCAAAGCAUCGUGGUGGGGGUGGGGGUGGGGGUGGGGGGGUCAGAGGUCAGAGGUGUACAGGCUGUAGAGGUGUCAUCCAUAUAUUUUUCCACUGAAGGCAGUGUUUUGUCACUGUUCGGUAACUGGUGUCGUUCUCCGUGUUCGUUCGACUCUACAGAUGCAUGACCCGUAAUCGUCUGAAUGUCCGACCGUACGGGACCGCGGCGUCCGCUGGAACAGGCCGGGAUCCAUCCGAGGCUACGUUUACAUGUAGCCGGGUAUUUGGGAAAACCUGUAUUU